GGUGUUGUGUGUCCCUCCUGUGUCAUAUGACGUCAGAGCCAGGCACAGCUGCCAUGUCAGUGUACAGAGAUCAUGACGAGCAGGAGAUGAUGGAGCCUCUGGCCCUGAGUUUGGUAAAGUUCACUCAUUGUGAGAAAGAUAUUUACAGCAAUUUUGUUCCGCAGAACUGUCCUAUCUGUGGGGAAAAUCCAGUGAGCUCAUGGAACGUGGAGCACGCUCCGAUCAGCAUUCCCUGCCCUUUCAGCAAUGCACACAGUGAGACAUGCUGCUUUGUACUCAAGCCAACACAAGGCCGGUUUAUGGGAGAAUAUGAUGGCUGCUCAGACCUCCAUGUUGGGAUUACCAGUUCUAAAGGAACUGUUCAUCAUUACAAUGAAUCAGGAAUCCACAAAGACAGCACAGGCUGGGAACAAUGUGUGAGUGUACCACUAGUCCCACCAGAUCAGUACGCUCUGAUCCACCAAUGGGAUUCUUAUCUGGAAGAGAUCUCAUCUGCUGACAAAUGGCUUUUUUACCGAUAUGACGAACAAAACCACAACUGUUACACUUUUGCUCUGGCAUUUAUCAACAGCCUGCUGCAUCUGCAGGGAAAGAAAACUUUUAGCAAAGAUGAAUUCACAGAAAGAUUUGUUUUACCAAGAACUAGACGAGCCUCAAAAUACAUCACCCUAUGUCAUGAGGUGACCCAGAAUGCUUAUUACAUCACUGAUCGCUUCAGAAAUUCCAUCCUCAGAUGAUUUUUAUGGAUAAAAUGGUAUAUGAAUGACAGAACUAUCCUGUUAUACAAGCACCGAUUCUUUGAUUUGUUACAUACAGUAUGUUCUCUACAUUGUAUGCACUAUGGGGAUAUAAAUAUUGGAAAAAAUUCCACAACAGGACAGGUUUGUAAGACGAAAAAAUAGGCAGACAUAUCGGUGGGCAAAAAUAGAUAUUUUGGCUAGCAACUGAGACUCUGUUUUGCUGAGCUCCUGCCCUUGUACCCCACAACAGAUGGGAACGCUAAACCCAAGUGUGAGACAGAGAUAAUGGCGGUGAGCCAUUUUGUGGUCUUGGUUAUACAAGGACUAUGCACCGUUUGCCUUUAUUUUUGCUGAAGGAAGUUAUUUGUGUUUGUGUGUUUUGAGUGACUAAUACAAAUUAUUUAUUGUUACAAA